AACGAACGAAGAAAGAGAAAUAAUAAAACGAACCGCGCGAACGAGAAAUGUGCAACAGAAUUUGAUAAAUCAUAUACUCAGUGUGGUUGUCUUAGACGUUUAGGAGGACCAAAUGGCCAAAAGACGCCGCCUAUUAUUGCUAAUUUGGCUGAUGCUCCAGCUGAUCUCUGGCUCACAAGAGGCACGCGGCGGCUCCAAUGUGAAUAGCAAUAAUAUAUGGAGACGCGUGCGUCUGGUCACCAGUCAGGAGAGUGAACGCAAUGCCUAUCAAGUGGUCAGGACAACGACAACAACAACAACAACUAGCUCCUCCAGCAGUAGUAGUAGCACCACCAGUCCAACCACUGCACGACCGCCACCAGAGAUAUCUUCACGUAUGGCCAAACAAUUGGAUCUCGGAUUGUCGGAUAGUAAUAAUAUAUCGAAUGCUGCACGUUUGGAAAUGUCCACAGAGUUCUUUGUGGUGCCCACCACAACGGUGACAUCAGCAAAAAGUGGCAGUUCAAGCAGCAGCACCACAACUGGUGCAACCACACUCUCAGCCACAUCACCCACACGAAGUCAGGGGGCUCGUGCCAGAUCGGCCAUCGGUGGCAAUCAUCGUCCAGGACAUUCGCAUGCCGGGAAUAGCAGUGGCCCAAGUAUUAUAUCCACCCAUCUGCCCUUCAAUGGAUUGCGUAAGGAACCGUGGGUGGUUCCCGUUUUGGUUUUGGCCACCCUCACAAUGCUCAUGAUGGCAGCCUUUGAGAUUUUUGUGCUCUUCAAGGCCUGGCGCACAUCUCCAUCGCGUCGUCAUUUGUUUUUGGGACAAAUGCUUUUGCUUGGACUAUUUGCCUGUGCCAGUUUGGGAGCCAUUAUCACAGCUCAGCCCACUCUGCUGAGUUGUGGUGCUAUACGUUUUGGUGUGGGCGUGGCAUACGCCUUAGUAUUUGCUGCAUUGCUCGUGAAAUGCGUAUUUCUAAUCAGUCUAAAUGGUGGUGUCUAUUUGCCCGCACCCUAUCAGGGAUUACUAUUGCUUUUCGCCCUACUAAUUCAAGUGGCAAUCGGUGGACAGUGGUUGCUGACACAACCACCCGAAGUAUAUACGACAAGUGUACCCGUAAUGGGUAGCAAUUUCCUAUCCACCACCGUGGCAUCGCAAACAAAUUAUUCGGCCCUAUUCUAUCCCACAUCGUAUACGACAUUGGAUGGCACACCGGAGAUAUAUACACGUAUAGCUGCCGUUAGCACCGUUCUGAUACCAUUGUGCAAAACGCAAUUCUCGGAGCUGUUGUUCUCACUCAUCUAUAUUGUGUUCCUUAUUGUGUUUAUUGCCGUAUUGGCCAUCAAAUCGCGCGGCAUUAGGGAUAAUUAUCGUGAGGCCACGUAUAUUGGCCUGGCUAUUGGUGGAGCCAUUCCCAUUUGGUUGGGCUGGAUGCUCUGUGGCUUGGCUGUGGCAGAGAGGCAUAAAGAUGCUUGCAUUGCCUUCGGUCUGGUGGCCACAUCGGCCACUGUCUUUUUGGUCAUGUUCAUGCCAAAGGGACGCCAAUUGGCGGCCAUGGGCAAGGAAGGACUCUAUGUGGAGGAUCGCGAGGAGCAGUUCAGUUCGUUAAGUCGCGCCGGUUCCGGUUACUCGCCAUCGUUCUUUCACUUCAAGCCCAUCAAGUAUGGUGUGAUGAGUGGCUGCGGUUUACCCAAUUCGGCAUCGAAUACGGGUCAGGGUAUUAGCUCCAAGCAUUGCUCCAAUGCCAAUAAUGGUGGAGAUCGAGUUGCCUUGGUCACAGCCGCACCGCCCAGCUAUACACGUAUGUAUCACUAUUUUCCAGCACAUUUGAGCGCGCACCCGUUUUGUUAUUAUCCACCCGCACCACCACCGCCAAUGCCACCCCCACAACCACCACCACAGCAAUUAGCACCACCACAGGUGCAGCAAGCACCGCCCACGCUUACAACACAAUUGGCCACACCGUUGACCCUCAAACAAUUGGGCAAUUCGCUAACGUCCAUGACACAAGCGGCACAAUUGGCUAAAACACUGCGCUAUGCGCCAGGCAUGUUCAUACGACCCGAUGAAACGAAUCUAUAUACAACGCUGGAGCCAACGUUGAGCAGCAAUCCGAAUGUAUACUUCCAACGCAGCGGCGCCGUACAUCCCGGUAUUCUGUACUAAAAUGAAUCGUCUACUACUACUACUACUUAAAUGGAGAAUUAUCAAUUAUCCGAGAGAGUAUAAGGAACACUGGAACUGAGUAUUUUUUUUUUUU